AUGGCUAUUGCUAGUCUACACAAUGUUUCUGUGCUUGAUUCUUCCUUCCAUAGGGAAUCUCAAUCAGAAGCAGUGAGAAGAUGGGGUGAUGAUGGGAGGGCCAGCACCCGGACAUCGUCACACCUGCAAAUACAGCAGGAGCUUGAGGAUGAGCAUGUGGUGAGACAAGUCCAAGGAAGGGUUACUGAUAGAUUGGUCCAACGUCAGAGUGACGGAUCGAGCACUGAUCUAUUGAGGGUGGAUGCAUCUGAUAGCCACAGUAAUGGCCAAAGUGGUUCUUCAGAGGGUGGGAGUGCUGGGGAGAGUGAGUAUGGACAAUGGUCCCCAGGUCCAGUUGGAUCAGAGAAUGGACAAGAGGACUCUUCUGAUCUAGGAGAGGUUGAAAGGUUGAGGGUAAGGCAGAUUUUUCGGGAAUGGAUGAACUGUGGUGCGAGGGAAUGUACAUCCAGUAUUUCCCGAAGGAACAAUGGUUCUAGAGCAGAAUGGCUUGGUGAAACUGAGCAGGAAAGGGUUAGAAUUAUAAGGGAGUGGGUGCAAAUGAACAGCCGGCAGAGAGGUGCUUGUGUUGAUCGUAGAGAAGAACAAGGUACUGAAGUUACUGGUCGAAUUGAACAAGUUCUUGAUGGAUUGGUUGUUAACCACAACGAAGGUCGAAUUGAGCAUACUCGAAGGGGAAUUCGUCGGUUGUGUGGCAGACAGGCUUUGCUUGAUAUGCUUAAGAAGGCUGAGAGGGAAAGGCAAAGUGAGCUUCAAGGUUUGUUGGAGCAUCACGCUGUAACAAAAUUUGCUCAUCGAAAUCGCAUUCAGUCAUUGCUUCGAGGUAGAUUCUUGCGAAAUGACAGAAUCGUUGAAGAUGAGAGACCCACAUCCACGGCAGCAAGUGAAUUGGGUUUAUUGAGGCAAAGACAUACAGUAUCUGAUCUGAGGGAAGGAUUUUUCUUGAGAUUGGACCAUUCUGUUUGUGGACAAGUAAGCAACAAUGCCUCUGAUACCUCAUCUAACGCUGACAUUAAUGGUAAUAGAACUGAACAAAUCGAAGCAAAUAAUUCACAACAGGUCAUAGAUGAAUUACAUGAACAAACCGAGCCAAAUAUGGAGGAAAAUGGUAACCUUGCGUUAUUGGAUAGUAGAACUGAUGUAGAAGAUAACAUUGUUGAUGAUGCAAGUUGGCAAGAAUUUACAGCUCAUUUAGAAGAGGGGCCGAGACAAGUUUCAGGCUCUAAUGUGAGAGAUGGGCAACAGUUAGCCAACAUUGCAUUUGUUGAAGGGAGGGAUGGUACUGGAGAAGAGGCUAAUGGAAACCAGCAGGAAGGUAAUAACGAAUCAUCCCAAGAAACUAUGGAAAAUGAAGUUGAGGAAAACAUGCAGCUGCUAUUAACAAGGGAAGGGGAAAGUGCCAUCCCCUUGUUAUCCAAUCAUUUGAGCGAUUUGGAAGCCCCUGCCAAUGAAGAUGUAAAUUGGCAUGAAUCUGCUGCACCACUAGAACAGUGGCAGGACCAAAUCCUGGAAAGUGAAGGGCAGCACUCAUUUGGAGGUAGUCUAGCUUCUGGAGAAUGGGGAGAUGGGGUUCAAGAUAACAUCGAUGGACAUCAACACGAAACUGCUGCUAAUGAAUGGUUGGAAAAUGAAGAUAGAGAAGGGGCCUCUGAAGUUUGGCACGAGGAUAGUGGUUUUCAAGAGGCUGUGCAAAAUUGGCUAACAGAGCCUUCUAAUCAGGAAGACGUAUCAGUUGGUAGGAUAGAUCCAUUUUAUUUUCCUGAUGAUGAUAAUGUUUACAGCAUGGAACUCAGGGAACUCUUGAGCAGGAGAAGCGUCUCUACACUUCUUCAAAGUGGUUUCCGUGAGAGUCUUGACCAAUUGAUACGCUCAUAUGUUGAAAGGCAAAGCCAUGCUCCCCUUGAAUGGGAACUGCAAGAAACAUCAUCUACCCCUGCAUCAGCAGAACAAGAUCUGGAGCAGCAGACUGGGGAUCAGAAUGAGAGUCAGGAGACUGCUGUUCAGAGUCCUUCACUUGUUCAACCUUCACCACCUAUACCCCCUGUAGAGCAGCUCUGGGAUCAAGAGUCACAGCAUUAUACUUGGCCACAGCAUGACAUGCAUCCGCGCUUUGGAAUUGAAUGGGACAUUAUUAGUGAUUUGAGGAUUGACAUGGCUAGGCUACAACAAAGAAUGAAUAACAUGCAGAGAAUGCUGGAAGCAUGCAUGGACAUGCAACUUGAGCUGCAACGGUCAAUACGACAAGAAGUUUCAGCUGCCCUGAAUCGCUCUGCUGGUUCACCAGGGAUGUGUGAAAACAGUGUUCGUGAGGAUAGAUCUAAAUGGGAACAUGUGAGGAAAGGAAUUUGCUGUAUAUGUUGUGAUGGCAGUAUUGAUUCUCUACUGUACAGGUGUGGACACAUGUGCACAUGUUCUAAAUGUGCCGAUGAGUUGGUGCAAAGUGGGGAGAAGUGUCCAAUGUGCAGGGCACCUGUAACGGAGGUUAUCCGUGCCUACUUUGUCUUAUAA